AUGAUCUCUGAAUCAAAUGUGUCCAGCGCCCCAAUUGGCGGUAUAAUUGACGGAAAAGUUAUUCCAGUCGAACCAACGGAUCCAAGUAUACGCAAUGGAGUCCUUGAUUCGCUAGAAUUCGCUAUCUCGCGAGAAUACGAGAACAGAGCUUUCGAGAUAUCUCAGCACUACAUGAAGGAAGCAAUUCCGAAAAGCAUCGAGCAAAAGACGCAUUGGGGUCUCAAAAGGAAAGCCGCUUCAUAUGAUGUAAAGCGAGUGCCUCGAAUUUUGCGGUCAAGGGCUCGCUCAGAAAAACUCCAAAACGAGGCUCUCCAGCCCAAAACGAAAAAGCUAACAAGGGUCAAACUAUAUAAAUUGAAGCAGCGAUUGAAACUCACAAAACUUGCUUCGAGGUUGCGUCAUAUGAAAGUGCCCAUCACCGUACCGAGCGGUGGGAUUAAAAAGCGUAUUCGAAGCUUGCAGGAGCAAUUGAAAAUAGCCAGAAAAAGCCAGGCAGAGGAGCUUAACAACAUCAAUGGAGCCUAUGACAACUAUGCUACAAACAAACUAUGCCUGCCGCAUGAUAAUGUGAGGUAUGGAAACCGUCAGAAUAAGAUUAGAUGGAUUCCAAAUCAUGUAUGGCACGCCAAACGUUUUCACAUGUCUGAGAAAUGGGGCUGGAAUAUUCCAAUGGCUCCAACUAGAAAAUGCUUUCGGGAGACCAGGAGAGCAGUUCAGUGGUCUGCCGUAGCUAGUGACACGUCGUACUUUGGCACAUUGGUGAUCAGAUGCCAAAGCAUAGAUUUGGCUAAAGCAGCACUCAAUACGUUUACAGCUUAUAGUGGUGUUAUUCCUGAAGACAUCAUAGCCGGGACGAAUGUGUACGAGGGUUGGUUUUACGUCGAUGAUGAACGUUAUGCGUUGAUUUCUGCGUUUUUUCAGAAGGAACUGAACAGUAUUCUCAUGCGAAUCCACCCGGCUGAUUUUGAAGCCUGCUUUCAAGCCGUUUUGACAUGGGUUCAAGCAUACGAAGGCGUCGAGGUUGAUGACUGUAGGUUCGCUCUAGGAAGUAUAGAGCUUCGAGGCCCUAAAGCACUCCUCCACUUUCUCAAGAUAUCAUACCAUCAAAGCGGCAAUAAGGAUUUUUUUGAUUUUCUACAUACUGUACAGAUGCUGAAAGAAAAAUUUUAUGAUGAGGUUGUGCCUGAUCAAUUUAACAGAUCCCUGGACGAAUCUUCGAAUGAAUCAUCCAACGACUCUUUGAUAAUGCUUGGAGGUUCACCUGAUCGAUCCCUAAGUGAAAUGAAUGAUUUCUUCAAGGUCAAUUCGGAAGGGUCUAACUCUGAAGUGCAAGUGAAAAGUGUUUUCUCAUUCAUUAUGAGAGAUCCUCGAAUUACCUCUGUGAGCGAAAGUUACAGACCAAAUUCAUAUUUUCACUUUCUGGAUUUUUAUGAUUUAUCCAAUGUGAGUGAUAAGUCCCUUCACCAUGAAGUGAAUUUAACGUCCCUAUUGAUACCAGAAGAGCGAGAUGAAGUUUACAGGUUUAUGCAUUCAGUAAAAAACAGGACACGAAGCGAAGAAGGUUUGUCUCAUUAUUAUCCGAGUUUCCAAAUGGAAAGGCGAUCAUUGACUGCAUUUCCUGUUCUAGUCCACAGACUCAAGAAUCAGGCCUGGUGCGUUACAAUGCCAUGGUUUUUUGUCCAACCCACGUGGAUGCUGCUUCGAAGAGUCGCAAAAAGUAGAGAGGUUGGGCUCAGGCAAAUGCAUCAGCUCGACACGGAAGCUUGUCGACCACAUUACCCGCAUGACUAUCCAUACACAAAAGCUGGUUUUGACGAACACCGACAGAAUUCAAGCACUCAAAAGUCAAAUUACGAGAGACUUAAUACGGUGGAAAAAACCUCAUUUGAUGAUGUAGAACGUCCCAUUCUUCCCGGCUGCGACUGGGAGUUCUUGCGUUGUGUUGCUUUUCAGUAUUCUGACACUCAUACAAGAGGACUGGUAACUGAAGACAGAAAAAACCACGAUGGUGGAAAAGUGAGUUAUUCUAUCACCAAAAAUGAACAUUCUUCCGAACCCGAAUCAAGCGACGAAAUAGAGUCUUCAGUUGUCGAAUUCACUAUGAAAAACACAUACCAUGAAGCUUUUGUCAGAGGAGACUUGGAGACGGAGUUGGCGGAGCAGCGUGCUCUCCCCGUUGUACAAAAAGUUCUAAAGCCAAGAUAUAAGGGCGAGUUAAAGGCCGAUGCCAGAAUUUACUCGAAUUGUUUUGGGAAAGGACAUGACACCUUAAUUGGCUUUGUCACAUCUGCCUCCUUCAACCAACACAAAAGCACUGCAAUUGGUGUAUUGAAUGCACAAUAUAGGCAUUGCGGGACGGUCUACGUGAGAAACUCUGGAUCCUCGGAGUUUAUACCUGUCUUAGCAACAGAAGUUUCCGAAGGAAAGUGUCUGAGAUUUGAUUUUUGA